CUGAAUUUCAGUAUAUAUACUGCUGCUCUAUCACUCUUUCGCUGUGCUGGAUCUUCUCGUCAAUUGUACCUAUUACACUCCUCCUUUGGUUGACAGUUCACAAUGCUUCUUUCUCAACGACCCUCCAACAGGUUUUGGAUUCUUCUCUUGUCUUUUGCAUAUGCGAUACUACUAAUCGCUAUCGUAUCCGACUCCAAUCCUAUAUUGAAAGCUGUUCACGCAGCUGAUUCCUCUGAAAACUCCACCUCCAAUUCCAAUCACAACUAUGGAACUGUUAUAGGCAUCGAUUUGGGUACCACCUACUCCUGUGUUGGUGUCAUGAAAUCUGGUCGUGUCGAAAUAUUGGCCAAUGACCAAGGUAACAGAAUUACUCCAUCCUAUGUCGCCUUUACUGAUGAAGAAAGAUUGGUUGGUGAUGCAGCAAAAAACCAAGCUGCUUCAAAUGUUCACAACACCAUUUUUUCUAUCAAGAGAUUAAUUGGUUUAAAAUAUAACGAUCCAACUGUCAAAAAGGAUAUCAAAACUUUGCCUUACAGUAUAGUAAACAAAGAUGGAAACCCUGCUGUAAAAGUCUCCUAUAAAAACGAAGAAAAGACUUUUACUCCCGAAGAAAUCUCCUCAAUGGUCUUGGGUAAAAUGAAAUCAAUCGCUGAAGACUAUUUAGGUCACAAAGUCACCCACGCUGUUGUAACUGUUCCAGCUUAUUUCAAUGACGCUCAAAGACAAGCUACUAAAGACGCUGGAAUCAUUGCAGGCUUAAAUGUUCUAAGAAUCGUUAAUGAGCCAACCGCUGCUGCAAUUGCCUACGGUUUAGACAAAACUGAAGGUGAAAGACAAAUCAUCGUUUACGAUUUAGGUGGUGGUACUUUCGAUGUCUCCUUAUUAUCUAUUGAAUCUGGUGUUUUUGAAGUCCUUGCUACCGCUGGUGAUACUCAUUUGGGUGGGGAAGAUUUCGAUUUUAGAACCGUUAGAUAUUUCACUAAAUUAAUCAAAAAGAAGUACAACGUCGAUAUCUCUAAAAACUUAAAGGCCAUCGGUAAAUUAAAGAGAGAGGUCGAAAAGGCUAAAAGAACUUUAUCCUCUCAAAUGUCCACCAGAAUUGAAAUCGACUCUCUUAUUGAUGGUCAGGAUUUCUCUGAAACUUUAACUAGAGCCAAAUUCGAAGAAAUUAACAUUGAAUUAUUCAGAAAGACUUUAAAACCAGUUGAAAAAGUUCUUAAAGACGCUGGUGUCUCAAAAGCUGAUAUUGAUGAUAUCGUCCUAGUCGGUGGUUCAACUAGAAUCCCAAAAGUUCAAGAAUUAUUAGAAAAGUACUUUGAUGGUAAACAAGCUUCAAAGGGUAUCAAUCCAGAUGAAGCCGUUGCUUAUGGUGCUGCUGUUCAAGCUGGUGUUCUUAGUGGUCAAAAGGGUACCGAAGAUAUCAUCUUGUUAGAUGUUAACCCAUUGACUCUUGGUAUUGAAACCACUGGUGGUGUUAUGACAAAAUUAAUUGGCAGAAAUACCGCUAUCCCAACCAAAAAAUCUCAAAUUUUCUCAACCGCUGCUGAUAAUCAGCCAACUGUUUUGAUCCAAGUCUAUGAAGGUGAAAGAGCUUUGGCUAAGGACAAUAACUUACUUGGUAAAUUCGAAUUAUCUGGAAUUCCACCAGCUCCAAGAGGUGUUCCUCAAAUCGAAGUCACCUUCAAUUUGGAUGCAAAUGGUAUCUUGAAGGUGUCUGCUACCGAUAAAGGUACCGGAAAAUCAGAAUCAAUCACCAUUACAAAUGAUAAUGGUAGAUUAUCAAAGGAAGAAAUCGAAAAAAUGGUUGAUGAAGCUGCUAAAUACGCUGCUGAAGAUGAAGAAGUUAGAGCCAAGAUUGAAUCGAGAAACUCUUUAGAAAACUAUGCUACAUCUUUGAAAAAUCAAAUUAAUGAUGAUACCGAAACUGGUUUAGGUAGCAAAUUAUCUGAAGAUGAUAAGGAAACCUUAACUGAAGCCGUUAAAGACACUUUAGAAUGGUUAGAUGAUAACUCUAAUACUGCUACAAAGGAAGAAUUUGAGGAAGGAAAAGAGAAAUUAUCUAAAAUCGCUUACCCAAUAACAUCCAAAUUAUACGGUGGUGCUGGUGGCCCAGGUGGUGGCGCUCCGGGUAGUGGUGAUCCUUAUGGUGAUGAUGAUGACGAGGAUGAUGAUUACUUUGAUCAUGAUGAAUUGUAGUCAUAACUACUUGAUACUAAUUUUUAUUUGGGUUUUUCAAUUUAAAAAAGGAAAAAGAAAAAGAAUGUAACGAAAAAAGAACUUAUCGAAAAAGGGAAAGAAAAAAAAGGCAUACAAUACAUAAAAGUAAAAUGGUCUGGUUGUGAAUGUAACAACAAUAUUUUGGUUGGUUUUUUUUAAUUUUUUUUUUUUGGUCGAUUAUUAUAAUUGUUAUUCUAAUCGUUAUCUAUUGAUAAAAUUAUAAACUGUAUUUUAUUAGUGCUGAUUAAUUAUUAUUCAUUGAAAAUCUUAUCAUGUUUUCAACUCGGUUUUUUGUUUUUGUUUCUAGAUGUAAAAAAAAUUUAUACUCUCGGUAAUUAUAUAAUAUUUAAAUAAAUACAUAUCAAAAAAAAAAGUUCAAUUGCUUGAG